AUGGAAUCAACUUCGGUAACUACUUCAUUCGUACCUUUUAAUGUGGCUGUCAUCGGUUGUGGUAUUGGUGGUUUAGCAGCUGCUAUUGCUCUUAGACGUCACGGUCACAUUGUGACUGUCUAUGAAAGAUCUCAUUUUGCUAGUGAAGUUGGUGCCUCACUCACUAUAGCAGCUAAUGGAACUAAAUAUCUUAAUCAAUGGGGUAUUGAUAUCAUUGGUGCCAGAGCAAUCAUCGUCGAAAAACUCAUUAUGCGCAACUGGACCGAUGGUACAAUUCGUGAUGUAUACGAUUUUAAUGAUUAUAAGACGAAAUGGGGUUCUAAUUAUUAUAUGUUUCACCGAAUUGAUUUGCAUGAACAAAUGCAGUUAACUGCCAAGACUCUUGGUGUAAAUAUUAUCUUGGAUCAUAAAGCCGUUAAUAUUAAUUCUGUCGAAGGCAUCGUUACAUUUGAUAAUGGUACAUCGACACGUGCAGAUCUAAUCAUUGGUGCAGAUGGCGUUCGUUCUUGUGUACGCGAACAGAUCGGCAUUAUGCCUCAAACAAAACCAUGCACAAGUACAUGUUAUCGUUGUGUUAUUCCAACAUCACGUGUAAAGCAGCUGAAUCUAAAAAAUUUUUCAAAUGAUCAUGCAAUCCAGUUCUGGGGUGGUUUCGGUAUCAAUAAGAUUGUUGUGACAGUAUGUUCUGACAGUGAGAUCGUUGCAUUCUAUUGUUUUUAUCCAGCUGCACACAAUGAUCGAACUGAAGAAGGUUGGAAUUUUAGUGCAACAUCAUUAAUGUUGCGUGCACCAUUUCCUGAUCUUGAUCCUGAUCUAUUAGCUAUAUUUGAACAUGUUGAAGACAUCAAAUUAUGGAAAUUAGUCGUUCAUGAUCCAUAUCCUUAUUGGGUAAAAGAUCGUGUUGCUUUACUGGGUGAUGCUGCACAUCCAAUGUUACCUGAUCAAAGCCAAGGUUCAUGUAUGGCAAUUGAAGAUGCAGCAGCACUUGCUUUAAUUUUCUCACCUGAACAUUGGGGUAAAAAUGUGCAUACAAUCGAACAUGGUCUUCAAUUGUACGAACAAUUGAGAAAAUCAAGAGCAACACGAAUACAAGAAGCAAGUGCACGUGCUCGAGAAAAUCUUAACGAGAGAAUCGGUUGGAGCACAAAGCGAAACAUAGACAAAUCGGAAAAUAUAAAAAUCGCAAAACUGACUAUUGACGAAAUUAAUGCCUAUGACAUGGAAGCUCAUUUAAACACUCUUAUUAAAUAA